GGUGUCCAAAUGGCUCUCGGAGUGAAAGAGGAUAAUCCAGUGCUAAAAGGCGGAUCCAAGUGGUCUAAUUUAAGCAUUAUUUUCCUCUUUCUGAGUAUUAGCUGUUUUGUGGUUCCAGCCACAGGAUUUGCACUGAAAUAUUGCCGAAUUAGUUACAAUAAUGCCAUUUGUUCCAACGUGAAACUCCACGCUGUCCCUCAAGAUAUUCCAUCAACAGUGACAGGUUUUGACUUGUCUGGAAACAAAAUUUCAAAAAUAGAAGUUUCAGAUUUCAAAAAUCUGCCAAUUUUGACAGUGUUAGACCUCGGAGGAAACAACAUAUCACAAAUAGAUAAAGGUGCCUUUGCCAAUCUGAUCUCUCUCAAUAAGUUAAAUCUAAAUGGUAAUAAACUUACUAAACUGGAAGAUGGUACUUUUGAUGGUUUGAGCAAUCUAACAGAGCUAAGAAUAAAAAGUAAUAAAAUCACAGCUGUGGCAUCAAGCUCCUUUAAGCCCUUGACAAACUUGAAAACAUUGGACAUUUCCUUCAAUGUACUGAAAGACAUAACAAUAGUUAGUUCUAUAUUCCAGCACCUCCCACGACUACAAGAAUUAAUUAUUAAAAAAAGCUAUAUAACCAUUUUUCAGUCAUGGGAGCUGACAAAUACUUCAGUCGCCCUUGCUUCCCUUGAUUUGUCUCAGAAUCCAAUUAGAGUCUUUAGGUUUACUGCAGAUGUUUUUCCUAAUCUCACCCGGUUAAACCUCGGCGACUCUCCUAGAAAGAAAAAUAUAACAUGGGAGGUGAGAAACAAGACUUUUCUUAGAGUGGCCACUCUUGAUAUUAGUGAGCUUUGUUUGCCUUUGAAUGACACAAAAACAUUACUUGAGAGCUUCGACACCUCACUGACAACUUUGAGAAUGAAUAAAAUUAAACGUAACGUUACAGCACUAAUCAACGUUUCCUGUACUAUCCCAACACUGACCACACUCAAACUCCAAAAUAACAAUCUCAAUUCUUCAGAUUUGUUUCAGGCGUGCAUUAAUUUAACUGAGAUAGACUUAGCAGAGAAUCAGAUAAAAAAUGUCUCUGAUAAAUCCUUCAGAACUCUUCGAGGUCUGAUGAUCUUGAGUCUGAGAAAGAACAAGCUUUCGGCUGUUCCAUCUGUCAUAAGGACGAUACCAACUCUUGUAGAGCUGGAUCUCAGCAGUAACUUAAUCAGCGCACUUGAUUGUCAUGAUUUUGCCAAUAUGACAAGACUCAAGGAGCUCAGCCUUAAAAAUAACACAAUCACAGAACUAAAAGAGUGUCUUUUCAAGGAUUUAAUACGCUUGCAGGUCUUAAGGCUACAGACAAAUAAAAUUACUAAAUUAAACAGUGCUUUCAGUAAACACUUACCAUAUCUGGAACGAUUGCAUUUGAAUGGAAAUCAACUUGAUUGCAUCAAAGAAGGGUACUUUAAGGGCUUGCAGGGCCUCAAGAAUUUGUCAUUAUAUGAAAAUAAAAUAACAAGGCUUGGAAAAAAUUCUUUUAUUGGAAUGAAAAAUCUUACUGAUAUGCUACUACAAUAUAAUAAAAUUACAGACAAAGGCAUACACAAAAGUAGUUUCAAAGACCUGAUCAAUUUAAGGACAUUAGAUUUGAGGGAAAAUCUAAUUUUUUAUGGAGCUAGCUCAGCUUUGCGCGAUCCCCCAUUUUCUCUGCUGUCUCGUCUGGAGUCAUUGUCUCUUCUUUCACAACACCACAGGAAAAAGUCUCCAGGGCUGCCUUGCAAUAUCUUAGAAGGUUUGACCAAUCUAUUGUAUUUCAAUAUCAGGAACACUGAACUUUUAUCCUUGCGUGUAGGCAUGUUUAAUUACACGCCUCAACUGCAACACCUUGACAUUAGUUCAAAUGACCUUUCAGAUGUCUCUCCUGAUUUAUUUGCCCCAAUUCAAAACCUUACAACCCUGUACAUAUCAAGAACAAAUCUUCUGUCUCUAGAUUUCCUUCUAAAAGCCAACCUUAGCAAGCUACAGUACAUGCAGGCAAGAAAGAAUCAAUUCUCAGUUAUCCGUGAAGAUGUCAUAAAUUCCCUACCAGCUCUUGAAUAUGUGGAUCUCCAAGGUAACAGUUUCACCUGUGACUGCGACAAUGCAUUGUUCGUCCAGUGGGUGGAAAACAACAACCAAACACAAGUUUUUGACGCUUACAACUUUGUGUGCAACUAUCCUCCAAACGUUAAAGGUAUGAAACUCUUAGACCUUGAUAUGCGAUCCUGCACAGUGGACACUGGCUUCAUCUGCUUUGUAUCCACCACGUGUACAAUCCUCCUGUUUAUGUUGACAUCCUUCAUCUACCAUUUCCUGAGAUGGCAGAUGGUUUAUGCCUACUACCUCUUCUUGGCUUUGCUCUUGGACAAAAAGAACAAAAAAUCUCAAAAUCAGUAUGACGCUUUCAUCUCUUACAACACCCAUGAUGAGCCCUGGGUCGUCAGAGAGAUGUUGCCAAAACUGGAGGGAGAACAGGGCUGGAAACUGUGUCUGCACCAUCGAGACUUCCAACCAGGGAGGUCCAUUAUAGACAACAUCACAGACGCCAUCUAUGGAAGCAGAAAGACCAUCUGUGUGGUCAGUCGCAAAUACCUCGAGAGUGAGUGGUGCUCCAGAGAGAUCCAGGCGGCCAGCUUCCGUUUAUUCGAAGAGCAGAAGGACGUGCUGAUAAUGGUGUUCUUGGAGGAGAUUCCCAUGUCUCAUCUAGCUCCUUACUACCGCAUGAGGAAACUGCUGAAGAGGCGUACCUACCUGAGCUGGCCCAAAGCCAGGGACCACGCCGAACUGUUCUGGGAGAAAGUACGCCAGGCUCUUGAGACCAAUGAAGAUCCUAAUGACGACAGGUUCCUUCUCAGAGUGGUGGACAAGCCGUGAUGUAAAGGGAUGAUGUGUACAGUCAGGAGAGUUCUUUGCUUAGAUUUGUUUUAAUUGUUUGUUAAUGCAUAUGUAGAUAUUUAAUACUAUGAGGCCUUCAUUCCAAAUGCUGAACAGAUUUUGACAGUUGUGAUUUUGAGAACACACUUUCUGGCUUGUGCUUUGUCACUGGGCAAAUGAAAUGGAAACUUAGGUGCAGCGAGUUGAACAGUUUACAUACAAGCAAACUGGAAGACCGAGUUAUGAGCAAUCAGGAACAUUUCACAAGCCAAGUGAUCACGUGAGCUCUGCCUUGUACUUCGUUUGUCUCAUUAAUCUUACAAACAAAUAGAUAAUAAAGAAUGACAUAAUUAGAGGAUCAUGGAAAAACAUAAGGUACAAACAAUGCUGUGUAUGGAACUGACAACAAAUCACUGUCAUUACA